GCCGCAGACUUCCGGGCUCCCGGCAGCCCCCGCGGCCGCUGAAGGUGAGAGGGUGGGGAUGGCGUUCUCGGCGCCGACGGCCUACCUGACCCACCAGCAGAAGGUGUUACGGCUUUAUAAGCGGGCUCUGCGCCACCUGGAGUCGUGGUGUGUCCACAGGCACAAAUACCGGUACUUUGCUUGUUUGAUGAGAGCCCGGUUUGAAGAACAUAAGAAUGAGAAGGAUAUGAUGAAGGCCACCCAGCUUCUGAGGGAGGCAGAAGAAGAAUUCUGGCAGUGCCAGCACCCACAGCCAUAUAUCUUCCCUGACUCACCGGGGGGCACCUCCUACGAGAGAUACGAGGGCUACAAGGUUCCAGAAUGGUGCUUAGAUUACUGGCACCCUUCUGAGAAGGCCAUGUAUCCUGACUACUUUGCCAAGAGAGAGCAGUGGAAGAAACUGCGACUGGAAAGCUGGGAACGAGAGGUUAAGCAGCUUCAGGACGAAACCCCACCUGAUGGUCCCAAGACUGAAGCUUUGCCUCCUGCCAGAAGGGAAGGUGAUUUGCCACCACUGUGGUGGCAUAUUGUGACCAGACCCCGGGAGCGGCCUAUGUAAAGUGGUGUAGACACCUCAAGUUCAUGCUUGCAAGUGAAAUACACUUGCCCUAAUAAAAUCACCAUGGUCUGCUGUGA